UUCACAGUGCGAGGCUGCUCGCUGCGAAUGCCUCGUGGCGAAGGCUCGGCUUUGCCUCGGACUGUGAAUACCGGGUGUGCUCGCUACGCGGCGUUCGCGUCGCACAAUUCGAGGCGAGCCGUGUGCUUGUCGGUAGAAGAGCAGUGCUCAAAGGUGCCUCGCCCCGAGCUGUGCGUCAAGUGAAUACCUGCGCUGUCUGCCUCGCAUCGUACAAGACACAAUUCUGCACUGCAAACUCAACAAGCCUCCACAACGAAACUGUCAUCAUGGAUAAUCAUGAAAUUAUCGGACAAUUAGUUAAAUGUUAUGAAACGAAACGUUUACUGUGGGACUCGAAACACCCUGAAUACUAUAACAAACACAAGAGAGAAGACUUGUGGCGCGAAAUAUCGCUAUCAAUGAAUGUUUCUGUAAAAGAUCUGAAAAAGAAGAUGACGUCUCUGUUGGGCUCUUACCGACGUGAAAGGUCAAGGGAAAAGAAAAGUCAAGUUACAGGAUCUGGCCAAGGAGAUGUUUACAAGUCACAAUGGUUUGGAUAUACAUUGUUUGACUUUCUUUCUGAUAAGGACACGCCAAAUGACACAUUCGAUACAAUGGAGAAUGCUAAUACGCAAAGGGGUCCUGAGGAAAAUCGAGAAGAAUCAUACAAUGAUGAAUCUAUUGUCGAUGAACCCGCAACGGUCGAAGAUGAACCACCGGCGUCUACAAAUACAACAAUGGCGUCUGUAACUGCAACGGCGGCGUCUACGAGUACAGCGACGGCGCCUACUUCUAACAUUUCCCAAGCUAGGAAAAGAAAACGUCGUAAUGAUGCUGACAACGCACAAAAUGAAAUGCUACUUGAUGCAUACUCCAUUUUGAAAAAGACAUCGGCUACUCCUACUGACCACUAUGAAACCUUUGGAAUGCAUGUAGCAAGUGAACUGAGGAAAUAUGACUCCAACACUUUACCUCAUGUGAAGAGGGCAAUAUCAGAUGUGUUGUUCAGAGUAGAUAUUGGAGAAUUUACCCCCAAUCACAACGUCCUUAAUACUUAUGGGUACUACAGUUCUUUCAGUACGCCCACACAGCGUUCGUCUGGAAGUACCUACCAUCCAACUCCUACGCCUCCACCUUCCGAUGCUGUACUUGAAAUUGAAUCAAGGCCUCCUCAACAAGAAGACACUUUACUACACUACCUGACUGACGAAAGAUAAUAACAUGAAAUGUUGUAAUAUGCAAGCUACAUUGUUAAACAUUACAAUAUAUUGAUCUUUUGAAGUACCUAAAUUGUUUUCUUACCUUUAUGUAGUCCCUUAGGGCUUCAAUCAGUGCAUCACAUACUUCUGGAACAAUCACAGAUAUUCGUUGUUUGGAUAUACGAAAGAGGUAUUGCAAACUUGUAAAUGAAUCUCCAGUAGCUAAGAAUCUCAGAGUAAGAGCUAAUCUUUCCUUGGUGGUAAUAGCACGUCGCAUGUACGUGUCACGUUUUUUCACGGCAGGCUCUAUCAAUGUAAGUAAAUGGUCAAAAUCUUGCUUGGACAUUCGCAAGAAAUUUGGCACGUCUUCUUCAAAUCUCACGUCUUCUAGGAGUCUGUUCCCAUAUUCUAACCGAGUUUGAUACAACUUUUUGACCCACCAACGCUUACGUCGCUUUUUCCGUUGUUUUUUUCCAAUAAUCGUCGCCAUCACAAUAUAAGCAGCGGCAGCAACUUGCACAUUUCUAGAACCAAGAGACAUGUUGCAUACUGCCUUCACUACGAAUGCGGGUGGUUCGCGUGCUCGCAGUGAGCGUUCGUGGUUACAAACUAG